AUGCGGAAGGAAAGAAUGGAAAAUCUAACAACUACUGAAAAGAUUGCAGGGAGAAGGGAUCGCAGUCAACAACGAAUAACAUUCGUGAAGUCCUUGUGUCACUUGUUGAAUAUCACCACAUUUCAACAACUACAAAGUGUUCAAGAUCGGGUUUUGUGGAGGUCGAUGGUCGCCCAUGCCAUGAAAGGUAAGACGCCGCAGUCAAAUGGCAAUCCCUCCGGUCCUGACCACCCUCCCCUCUGGGGGGACCUAAGUUUGAAAUCUUUGGAGCUGCAGAUGUACCUUGCCCUUCUCAGUAUCUGUCAGGGAUUAUGGGGGGGCAUCAGGGUUAUCGAAUGCGUUUCUCUGUUUUGCAUAAUUAAAAGCGAGCUUGGGUCAGAGUUGUUGAGGACGGUGCGAAAACUCAAAAGACAGAGCAACAUGUGGGAUCGAAUUUUCCUUUCUGGGCAUAAGACGUAUAAAGUUUUUUUUUGA